CAUGGCCGCCGCCGCUGCUCGAGCCCCGUCUCGUUCGUGUUGCCGAGGCUCGCGUGCCUGCGUAUCAGUCCCGGGGUCCGCGAGCGAGCCAGCACGCGGCCCGCCCGCUCCCGGUCCCACCGGCCGACUGUUCAGCAGGUUUACCGGAGAAACUCCGUUAACGCAGAAACGCCAUUUUGUCUUUCUAUGUUUGUGAAACAGCAACCGGACUGUCCGCCAUGUUACUGAAACAACUCAGUCAGAUACCGUGUGAAACCUCCGGUAAACGGCUGUUUCUCCCGCUGACACUAAGUUACACGGUUAACGUUUAAACGGGUUGAACCCGUGUCGUGCCACAACUCUCCUAAUCUUCACGUUUAGCGGUGUUUAAAGUCCAUUUCAGCCGAGAAAAGUUUGAUUUCUGUUACCGAAUUGGCGUUUCCAUCCUAGGACGGCGAAGGAAUGACCCGCCCUACUCUGCCUCUGAUUGGCUCAUCCUGGUGUUUACUCUAACCCUAACCAAUCCAACCACGAGGGCAGCGAGUAUCAGCCAAUCAGCGGCAGAGUAGGGCGGGAUAUUCCUUCGCCGUCCUAGGAAAACGCGAACAGCCGCGGUGGUUUCAGCGGCAGUUGGAGUAAAAUGCAUCCGAGGAAAAGUGACCGGCAGUCGGGUACAGAGCACCGUGAUGUCGCGGAUGUUCCAGCGGCCGUUAGAGUUGAGUUAAGGCCGACAAAAAGUACCUUUCCUUCGGCGAGACACCAAAACGACCGGUUAAGAUUAGAUAAAGGGAAGAACUCUUGAUCUGUUGUGCUAAAUCAGUGUUAGCCUCGCAGCUGCUAGCCCGUUAGCCUAGCCCACUUUAGUCCGGGUUAAAUGCACUCCCGUAUCAGAGCCUCGGGUACCGGCUGUUAGCGGAUAAAAACCCGGUCUGUUCCGGUAAAUAUUGUCGGUAUGCUCGAUGUUAACAGCUAGCUGCUGUCUGUCCCCAACAUGGAUCAGGAAGCGUGCACACGCUUCGGUGCGCGUGUCCGCUGUACAAAAGAUGUGUGAGACGGUGAAGUACGUGGACGGAGAGCACACGUCUGUGUUCCUGAAGCUGCUCAACGAGCAGCGCCUGGAGGGCGAGCACUGCGACAUCGCCGUGGUCGUGGAAGACGUCAAGUUCCGCGCUCACCGCUGCGUCCUCGCCGCCUGCUCCAACUACUUCAAGAAACUCUUCAAGAAACACGAGGUGGACAACUCGUCUGUGAUCGAGAUCGACUUCAUCCGCUCCGACAUCUUUGAGGAAGUGUUGAACUACAUGUACACGGCCAAGAUCUCGGUGAAGAAACGAGACGUCAACCUGAUGAUGUCAUCGGGCCAGAUCCUCGGGAUCCGCUUCCUCGACAAACUCUGCUCACAGAAGCGAGACGUGUCAUCAGAGGACAAAGAGAAGUUUCCAUACGACAUCGUGAAGAUGGCGCUGCCGCCUGAAGCUCAGCUGGCUGCCGACGCCGAGGUUCUCGGGGAGCAUGAUGACACACACACCACAGAUGACCUUGUCGAGGCGUCGGCCAAUCAGGAGCUAGAUAAGUCUCCCAGUGCAGCGCUGCGUGUCCAGGAAGCCAUCUUGAAAGAACUGACCAAUGAGGACGUACACAAGGUGACGUGCUACGACCAGGAUGUGGUGGCGGAGAUGGAGGCGGAGCCUAAAGAUCUGGGGGCGGAGCACCACGCCACCCAGUCGCUGGCGUUUGCCGACAGUAUGGGCGAGGUGAAGGACGAGCAGCCGCCCGGCUGGACCACGGCCGCUGCCGACAUGAAGUUUGAGUAUCUGCUGUACGGACACCGAGAGACGCUCGCCUGCCCCGUCUGUGGCAAGAGCUUCCUGGACGAGAGCCGGCUCAGGAAACACGAGAAGCUUCACUCAGCGGAGCGGCCGUUCGUCUGUGAGAUCUGCAGCAAAGCUUUCACCACCCACGCUCACCUUAAAGAACACCUGAAGAUCCACACGGGCUUCAAACCCUACAGGUGUGACGUUUGUGGGAAAUCGUUCAUUCGAGCUCCGGACCUGAAAAAACACGAACGAGUUCACAGCAACGAGAGGCCGUUCGCCUGCCAGAUGUGUGAGAAGGCAUUUAAACACAAGUCUCACCUGAAGGACCACGAGCGGAGACACCGAGGAGAGAAACCGUUCGUCUGUCCGUCCUGCAAUAAAGCUUUCGCCAAGGCGUCGGAUCUGAAGCGCCACGAGAACAACAUGCACAGCGAGAGGAAACAGCUGAACCCGCUGCAGAGCGACACGGAGACGCUGCAGGCCGCCGCCAUGGCCGCCGAGGAGCAACAUCUGGACAGCAUCAGCUGUUCCUAACAUCUGGACAGCAUCAGCUGCUCCUAACAUCUGGACAGCAUCAGCUGUUCCUAACAUCUGGACAGCAUUAGCUGCUCCUAACAUCUGGACAGCAUUAGCUGCUCCUAACAUCUGGACAGCAUCAGCUGCUCACAUCUGGACAGCAUCAGCUGUUCCUAACAUCUGGACAGCAUCAGCUGCUCCUAACAUCUGGACAGCAUUAGCUGCUCCUAACAUCUGGACAGCAUUAGCUGCUCCUAACAUCUGGACAGCAUCAGCUGCUCACAUCUGGACAGCAUCAGCUGUUCCUAACAUCUGGACAACAUCAGCUGCUCCUGCACAGAAUUUGGGUGACCCAGAAAUCUGCAGAAUUUCUCGCAGACUUUCUUCAUAAUUUCCCAGAAUGGAUUCCACCAUUAAAACAUCUCGGAGUCCGUUAAAUCCCCUGAUUUUCAUCCUAAAACUGUAAAAAAAUGAACCCAGAUCCACAGAUUCUGUAUUGACGAUAGUAUCUCCACCGUAGCUCUAUGGAUUCCUUGUUUAACGCAGGCUCUGGAUGGAGUUCUGUUUCUGUAGAAACUGUUGUUUCCCACUGUGGAUCAGUGACCCUGAACUGACUUUAACUUGAGCCGAUGACAUCAGCGAUCACGUGACUAACGCGGUGAACAUGGCCGCUGCCUCUGGCUUCGUGUAUGAGUUGUAAUUGUGUCUGUUUGUAAAUGUUUAGAAUCAGUUUCUCACUCUCAACCAAACUCUGUACAGAAAACGCUUGAUUUAAGGCUCUUGGUUGGUGUUGUAUAUAAACGGCUGCUGCUCAGUUUAAUGAGCAGAGCUGCUGACUUUUAAACAUCAAACGGAUUGAUUUCUUUA